GAAGCUGGAAUCGAACCUACAACCUUCCGAUUGCAAGACGACUACUCUACCAAAGAGCCACAGUCGCAUUCAAAGAAAAACUGCAGAGGAAAGGAGUGCCUCAGGUAGCAAAUCUCCCAAAAGUAAGUUUUCUCAAUAGUGAGUAUAUGUAAAGUAAUGUAAAAUCUGUGGCUGGGAGUUAGAAACAGACAAGGCCAUGGUCAAUCCAUGGUUUUCACUGCUGACAAAGUGCUGUGAGAUGAGGAAGUGGAAGCAGCUAUUGCUGUUUUGAAACACUCUGCUGAUGAUGACACUGUCUGUGAGAAGAUGAAGACUAACUUCCAUUACCGUCUUUCAAUGGUCAAUGAUGAAAAGAAAGCAGCAAAUGUGUUCUCUGUCUUUCCACGGUUUCUGGACACACCAGGACUGAUAGAACAAGAUUUCAGACUUCUGUUUGGCGAAGGCACUGCCAACAAAUAUUUGGAGAAGUGGCCCACCAAUCUCAAAUCCAAGGUUAUAAAGGAAAGCCAUGGCCUGGUACCCACCACUGAGCUCUUGGAUUUAUUGCGGAAUGCAGAGUUGGCUGCUGAAGCUGAAAAUGGUUGGGAUAGUGACAUGUCUGCUAUUUUGCUUACCACCAUCUGCACAAGGACGAAAGAGGCCGGGUAAGAUGUCUGCAUCUCAAGCAGUGGCUCACCUCAUCAGAUUUCUAAAGGUUGGAAGUGUACAGCAGCAUCUUGAGAAAAUCACGCAGCGUACCCAGCCCUACCUCCUUGCCCACGGAUCCAUCCAAAGCAGUAUUCACACAUUCUUCAUUGUGAUUGACAACUAUGCUAUUCCAUGUCAGAGGGCCACAGGAGGAGGGGAGAGCUACAGACAAUUCACGGCCAAGUCCUGCAACAACCCAGGAUCUAGAGGGAAACACCUAUUUUUGACUGAUAAGACUGCAAGAACAUUUGUAGCUGCAAGCAUCAGUGGACAGCCCUUGCAGUUCAGCGCCAAUCUGACCGUGUGGCGACAGCCCCAGCACCACUCCCACAUUUCAAUCAGGCUCAUCUGUGUUGCACCUGUCAGCAAAAAGGCAGUUCAAAAGGCUUUACAUAAAAACAUCAUAACAUCAUACAAUCACCAAUUAUGAAAAUCCGUAACAGACAUUGUAUUUUGUCAAGUACCAUCAUUAAAAUCACUCAAACGCCACAAAUAUGUUGUUCACUGUUCUAUUUAUUACGGUUGAAAAGCAACUCUAAGGUGUUUUUUUAGUAUUGAUUUAGAGAAAAAACAGUGUUUCAGCUGUUUUGCAGUUUUCUGAAAGUUUGUCCCAGAUUUGUGGAUCACAUAGAACCUGAAUGCCGCUUCUCCAAAUUUGGUUAUGGUUCCUGGUGACGCAGUGCAGACCAGAACCAGAAGACCCGAGAGGUCUGGAAGGUUGAUACAACAACAGCAGAUCUUUAAUGUAUUUUGGUGCUGUGCUGUUCAGCGAUUUAUAAAAGUAACAACAGUAUUUUAAAGUCUAUUUUCUGAGCUAUGAGAAGCCAGGGUAUGGAUUUUAGAACUGGGCUGAUGUGCUCUAUCUUCCUGGUUUUUCUGAGAAUUCGAGCAGCAGCGUUUAGGAUCAGCUGUCUGAUUUGGUGAAGAUCAGAUGAUGUAUCAAGGAGAUAUAAAUAGCCUAGGGGGACACAGUUGAAUCUAAUUGCAAUAUUAUCAAAUUGUCCUUCUUAGAAGUUGGCAAAAAUCAAAGGUUGGUGCAGAGUAGGGGCAGAUAUUAUACGUUUAGACUUCUUUUUCCUCCCUUUCAUUCAUGAUUUCCUUUAGUCAUUACAAGAACUCUUUGUAUUUGUUAUUGAGUGAAUGAACUAAAGAUGAAAUCAAAUGUGUAGAGUUCUGGUUUGUGAAACCUUUUGAAAACGCACAGAUGCCUGGAACCAAGCUACAUGCAGCAGCCUUGUGACUUCUGUAGCUGUAC